CCUAAUGCCACCCCCUCCCUUUACACAUUUACCUUUAAGACAGCAUGGGCACCGCCAUCUCGAGUGUUCACAGCUUUAUUUACAGACAGUCGGUGCACGCACAGGCUUGAAACACAAGUUACAGAUCAUAGAUGAGCCUCACCGCCCAACAUAACCCGCUUUAUGAAUAAGGGGACAUGUUGCACGAAGCUAUCCUGUAUGUGGAACCAUUGCAACCAGGAACUAUUGUACUCCGCAGCAGUUUCCGGUAGGACACAUUCUGCCGACGUACUUCCGCUCCUGUGCUGCCCAUGUGUAUGGAUUGCUGAUUGCCGUUCGCUGUAGGGGCAGUGAUGGCGAACACAGUGCAGUCUCCCCCGGCCCUGGGGCAGUGUAUGGAGGUACUGGAGGCAGUGAGUGCCCACCCAGAGCAGCUGCUCAGGUAAUGGGGUCAAUACAUGGAGUGUAGCACUCAUUGCAGCACAUGGACAUAUAUAGAUAAUGGUACACAGUGUGUGCAGCACCAACAGCUUCUAUAGGUGUACACAGGAAGCCCAGUGUAUUCACAUUUAUUGGAAGCCCUUAGUAUAUUGGCCACAAAAGGCAUAUUGGAAAUAUGUCAGAGCUGGAGAAUGUCUCUAAAGUAUUUAAAAUCCUGGGUUUGUAUUCCCUGUUGAGUGAAUUUUGUCAGGAAUUCAAAGUGAAUUUGGAAAUUUUAGGCCAAAUGAGCUAAAAACUUUGAAAACUUAGGAGAAAAUAUUUCAGUUCAGUUAUUUUGACCUAAACUGAAUUUCCAGACAAACCGCACUUCACUGAAUAAUUCUUGUCAGUAUUGCAUUUUUUUACAGCAAUGCACGUACCUAUGUUUUUAUAAGUUUGCUGAAAGGCGUAAAGGAGCAGUCUAAUGUUACAAAUAUAUAUUUGAUAGCACCUAGAGGACAAAUGUAAAAAGGGUCACCAUCCAGUGGUGUAGCUAGUAGUAUCCUGUUAAGGGGUCUGGCUGGGCCCUUAGAUCUAAACUGCAUUUCAGGACUCCGAUGGCCCCCUUACUGAUGUAUGCCAACUGUCACCUUUCUCCUCAUAAUUGGUAGUGCCAGGAGAGAGUGAUGUCCUUUUACUUCCAACUGGCAUGUGAAGAAGCCCCAAUGGGAGGCAAAGUACACAGAGCCCAUAAUCUGGACCCCAGGGAAGCCACCUAACUUGUACAGUACAAGAUUUAAGAAGGUAAGAGGGUGGCUUAACCCCUUAAGGACCAAACUUCUGGAAUAAAAGGGAAUCAUGACAUGUCACACGUCAUGUGUCCUUAAGGGAUUAAAGGGACAUCAUAGUCACCCAGACAGCUUUGUCUUAUUGAAGUGGUCUGGGUGAAGUGUCCCUGUCCCACUUCGUCCUGCAAUGUAAAUCUUUGCAGUUUUAGAGAAACAGCAACGAUUAUGUUAUAGGACUAAGACUGCCUUUAGUGGCUGUCAGGCAGCCAAUAAAGGCACUUCCUCGGUGCUAAUGGACUCUAGGUCCCCCAAAUGACACUGGAUGUUCUCACGCUCUGCACAAGAACAUCAAGGGUCAGUAAAAUCUCUACAGGAAAGCAUUGUGUUAAUGCUUUCCUAUGAGAAGGGCCUAAUGUGCCCACCUUGCAUGCGCAUUAGGCUCCCAUGUCGGAAGAGGCAGAGUGCUGACCCAACGCUGAAAGAGAUUGUUGCUGAAAUCGGGUGAGUUAAUAAAUGUUUUUUUAACCCUCUCUCUGCUAGAGGAGGGCCAAAGGGCACUAUAGUGUAGGGAUCGACCGAUUAUCCGUUUUAUCAAUAUUUUCUGCAAUAUCGGUAUCGGCCAAUAGAGAUACCAAUAUUGCCGAUAAUACAUAACAGGACCGCCGGGCCCAUUGUAAGCCCGGCAGUCUUGGGGGUGCCCGCAGCAAGCUGUUAUUUACCUUCCCAGCAGCUCCCUGUGUAAAUUUUGUAAGUCCUGUGGCCGUCAGACUGCGAGAUUUAUACAGGUAGCUGCUUGGAAAGUAACAGCUAGCUGCCGUCCACCACUGCUCAGUACAUGCCACUGGACCACCAGGGAAUGCCAUAGCCCCCCUCCCUGUCCAGGUAACAAGCAGGGAGGGGGGACAAAAUAAAACCUAUAAAUAUUCAAAAUAAAAUUUAAAAUAAAAAAAAUGCCCCCCCUCCUCAUUUUACACAAAUUACAUCCCUUCGGAAACACACACACACACACACACACACACUUUGCAUUAUAUACACACACACACACACACACACUAUGCAUUCAUUAUAUACACACUGCAUUCACUUUACACACACUACACAAACACACUGCACUCACUUUACACACACUACACAAACACACUGCAUUCACUUUACAUACACUACACAAACACACACACUCUGCAUUCACUAUAUAUACACACUACACAAACACACACAGCUCCCCUGUCUAAACACACUGCAUCCACUACAUGUGGAAUGUUUAUUUUGUAUAUUUACCUUUAGAAAUAGUUUAAUUUUUCAAAAUGGUAAAUGCACAGAAUAUCGGCCAUCGGCCUGAAAGUUCACAGAUUGUCGGUAUCUGCUCUAAAAAAAAAAUCAAUAUCAGUCUAUCCCUAGUUAGGAAAUACAGAUUUGUCUGUGUUUUGUGUGUAUCUGUGUUGUGUUGAAUAUUGUAUGGGAGUGUGUGUGUGUCUGGCAGUCAAUAGCUUUGUGUCCGAUUGUCAAUGUUUCAGUGGAAACCUGGCCAUUUGGAGUGUAAGGGGCCCAAAGUGUUGAAUGUAAACACUGCCUUUUCAUCGCAUGAACCAAAACCACUACACUAAAGGAAAGUUCCAAGCAGCAUGACCACUGGUGCUCCCUAUAGUGGUUAUAGUGCCAGGUUUGCCUGCCUGCCUCCCACCCAAAGAAUAGAUUGUCUGCUUUUGUAUAUUUAUAAAUAUAUAUAAAAAUGAUAUGAUAUCAAACAAGAAAAAUGAUGUGUGAGAUAUCUAUAUGACUCCUGUGAAACAAGUUGGUUGGCCAUAUGUUUAAUUCUGUAGGAAUAUAUACAUCAUAUAUCCUGUUUAUUAUGGAUAAUAUACUUUAAAUGUCUUGUGCUUUUCUUUCUUAGUGUGCAAGAAGAGUUAGCAGGAAAGUUCUCCCAGUUAACAAAGGUUCUCUAUGAUUUGCACAAAUCCGAACUUGCCCUUGGCAUAGGAAGUCCCCUAAAAGAGUUGGUGACUGAAAACUUUGAUGACGAGCAAAUCUGGCAACAGAUUGAACUUCAGAACAGUACAGUUCUAAACUACUUCAAGAAUGCGGUCAGACAAAGUGUCAAAGACAGAGAACUGUAUCUUGUGGAGCCAUCUGAGGAGGAAGCAUCAGAAUCUGAAGGUGAAACAGAGGAAGAUGUUUCAGAGUUAGAACCUGAAGUGAACAUAAAAAGAAGGGAUGGAAAAGAGAACAGUGGAAAACAUUUACCAAAGGCUAAUUUCAGAGAUGAUGAUGAAUCCGAUUUGGACUCUGAUGUUGAUGAACUGGAGCAACAAAACAAACCGAAACAAAAUAAAAAGCCAGAAAGAAAACAAACAAAUAAGAAGCCUACAGAAAAGUCCAUAGUGGAUGACCAGUUUUUCAACCUAGCAGAGAUGGAAGCCUAUUUGGAUGCAGCUGAGAAAGAUGAUGAUGCUAACGACGAUGAUGAAAGUGAAGAAGACGUAGAGUACUUUGAGGAUAUUGAGUCUGGUGAUGAAGAGGAUUUUUUUGACACACAGAAAACAAAGCAAAAGGUAAACUGUUUUCAAGUAGUUAAAGGACCACUGUAACUUUAAGGAUACAAACAUGUAUUUUUAAUGCUAUAGUCUCAAACUACCUAUUCUGGUGGCCUCCCCACUGUGUGAGGGUAUGAAAGGUGGGAUUUCAUUACCUUUCCACUCUGACUGCGCCGGUCUCCACGAAACCUCUUUAGCUGAGAUUAUCAGUCUUGAUGAUUUCUUCAAAUCCAAAGUUUUCUCAAUCUAUUGGGACACUAGAGUGUGUGUUUGGCAAUGCACUGCAUUAAUCAAAUGGUCUCUAUGAAACCAUCUGAUUGAAUAGACUAGUUUCACUUGGCUAAAAGACAGAAGUGCUUCCAAUGGCAUCUACUAAACAGCAUUUUUUUCAGUUGCAGGGUUUAAAAGAAAGGGGCAUGGCACUCAGACCACUUAAUUAAGAUGAAGUGGUCUGAGUGCGUAUAGAGUUCCUUUCAAUGGUCACAGAGCUGGCCACCAAGGAGCAGUACAGAGUCUGUAUCAACUAAUGAAUUCUGACCAAUGCCUUUGUAAUUUUAUAAUUCUAAUGUGGCAGUGGGAACUUAAAUCUAAACAGAUCUUGCAGAUAUUUGCCCUUUAAGGGACCUUUCAGCCACCGUAACUAGUUCAACUUAUUGCAGAAGUUAUAGUGCCUGGAUACUCUGGGCCGUAUCCUGCAUUGCUGCUAAGUGGUUUACUCACCAUUUAUCAGUGACGCACGGUCCCAGCUUCCAGUGACGAAAUGGUGAAGACAUGCUUUGCUUCACACAGUACACAAGGAUUUCUGGCAGUGAUCCCUGGUUUGAAUUAGUGUGUUGCAAAACGGAAGCAUAACUUUGCCAUGUCGUAAUUGGGACUGGACUGCAGACUGUCGGGGACCAAACAUCUCUACUGAAAGUAAGUAAAAUGUUUAGCAGGGAUGUGGCAUAUGGUUUCCACCAGCUCCAGGCACCAUAACCACUUCAAUCAUUUGAUGUGGUUAUGUUGCCUGCAGUGUUCCUUUAAAAUAAAAUAAAGUACAUAGAAGAUUAGCACAAAAAAUGCCUCCAAUGCAGUUCAACAAUCCCUUGUUGUUCUGGUGACUAUAGAAUUCCUUUACCACACAACUACAGCUUAAAGGACCACUAUAGGCACCAAGACCACUUCAGCUCAAUGAAUUGGUCUGGGUGCCAGGUCCUAAUAGUUUUAACCCUGCAGCUGAAAACAUAGCAGUUUCAGAGAAACUGCUAUGUUUACACUGUAGGGUUCCAGCCUCUAGUGACUGUCUGUCUCCUUGACAGACGCUAGAGGCACUUCCGCAAUUUACACGGAGUAAAUUGCACUUAUUUGACACUGGACGUCCUAGUGGACCUCCAGCGUCAAAUAAGAUCCCCAUAUGAAAGCAUUGAGUAUUGCUUUCCUAUGGGCGCUUUUGAAUGCGCGUGCGCCUUUGGCCGCGCAUGCACAUUCGGCUCUACUCGGAAGCUGCCGUCGAUGGAGAGGUCACCAGUGCCGGAUUAAGGUAAGCAAAUAAAUGGUUAAUUAACCAUUUAUUCGCAGCGGAACAGGCCCUAGUCACCGUUUAGGUGACUAGGGCUCUAUAGCGUUAGGAAUACAUGUUUGUAUUCCUAACGCUAUAAUGUUCCUUUAAUGUAGUUGUUCUUGUGUCUACUGCCUGUCACUGCAGGCUUUUUAAUGCAAACACUGCCUUUUCAGAGAAAAGUGCCUAGGCAUUCACUCGGGCCACUAGAGGUACUUCCUGGGUCAGUGCUGCACAGUGUGCAUCACUGGCGUUCUGCAUCACCACGCUCUGCAUGAUUCAAUUUAUCUCUAUUAGGAGAUGCUGAUUUGUGCAGGGCAAUUGCAAAUUUGACAGUGACAGAGUUCCCUACCGUACUUUAACUCAAUCCCAGCCCAUACAAACUGUCAAUCUGGCGGCCACAGCACCCCUCUCUGGCUUGUUGGUGUUUAUAUCUAAAAACAACUUGCAAAAGCUGCAGUUCUUGUAUCCCAGACUUUCUGUUUCUGUCCAAUCACCGACUUCCCAAUGCAGCUCAAUGAGAAGUAUUUUCAAGCCAGGUACUCUAAUCAAUUGCCUACUUCUAGAGUUUUGUUCUACUGAGCAAAACUACCUGGAAAUAACAGGGCCAGAUUGACAGUCAGGCGAGUGGAACAAGAUGGAUUUAUAAAGAUGCCAAUUUCCAAUGAAAAAAGAGGGCAUACUUGUGACGCAUAAAGCACUUCAGCAAGCUAAAGUGCUCUCGGGGUCUGGACUGUCCAUGUAAGUGUAUCUGUUAUACUCCUUCAUACAGCUGCUGUCAUGAGCAUGAACGUGGGGUGGAGGGUAUCUUUAGAAAAAGCCCAGAUCCCACAAAUGUUUAUAUUUUCUUUUUACUUGUUAGCAUAUUUUAUGGAUGUUGACAUGCUUAAAUGCUACAAGAACUGAAAAUUUAGAAUUAUAUUUUCCAGGAAAGCAAAAGUUCCAGAGACCUUUAUUACAAAGACUACUUUGACUCACUAGAAGGUGAUCAAGAGGACAUGGAAGAACAACCAAGUGAGGAAGAUGAUUUGGAAGAAAAUGAAGAUAAUGAGGAGGGGGCUUUGUCUGAUGAUGCCAAUGAACAAAUGAGUGAAUAGUAAGGAACACUUUUUUUUCUUUCUAUAUUAAAUAGUUUCCUGGGAACUAGGGUAGUGAAUAUAUGGAUUAAACACUGCAAAACAAUAAAGUUGUUAUGCACAUGUCCCCAUUGUCUUAGUUAAAAUUACUGAUUUUAAAAAGAAAUCUGCAUUUUUAUAAACCCACUUGAUAACACCUUUCCGAAUUUUGAGCAGACAGCUUAGAGGGUCGUCUUCCUCUAUCACUUUCAACACUCACACAAAGACGAAGUGAGGUCUUCUCGUAGCAAAGCAUUGGUUUCAUUGGAUUUUGAGGGAUAUUGCUGGUGUAUUGCAAUGAUUGCUGUGCAUCUCAAUGCUGCUCUAAAGCAAUGAGUUGACCAGGAGAUUAUCACUAGUUCUGAUCUCUCUGAGACGAAGAGGAGUUCUAGUGACAGAACAGUCUCACUGCAGGAUUAGAGGCAAAUACUUUUGGAGGGUGAACAUAUCAGCAUUAUAAAUGAAUACACUGAUACUUAACAUUAACAUUGUUCCUUUAAAAUUAACUCCAGAGGCUUCCACCUGCACGACAAUGUAAUGGUUCACAUUUAGGCAGAUAAUUAGAGUACAGAUCCUUAUCUGUGAUGUAGUGAAAAUGUUCUUUGAGUAUUCUUUACAGGCUUUGAGUAUUACAUUUCUGUGGUCCUCAUUGUGCAUGUGAGGUGCUUGAAUGUAAUAAAUACUUUUAAUAAAAAUGCAGGAAAUAUAAUUGUCUUUUGUAAACGCGGUUGAGAAUGAUUUUGUUUCUUAUAUGGUACCUGCUGGAUAGCAAUAAGAAUGCGCUUAUAUUUGGGUGAAACACUAACCUUGGCCUCUUCCUACAGUGAUGAAGAAGAGGAGGAACCAAUGGAGGAAACUGAGGAGAGCAAAAAGGCCAAGGAAACUUUCAAGCGGGUAACGUUUGCUAUAUCUGAUGAAAGUGAAGGUGAAGACAUUGGUGAUAUCCUUGGUGGAAAGAAGCAACAUGAUGUAUCGGAACCCAGUGAGCCAAAGUCCUCCUUUGAGAAACGGGAAGAAAAGGUUAGUGAGCGAUUAUUCUGACAUUGAGUUUAAUCAAAGGCUAACAUUCUAUUCAGCUGUUUUAAACCUUAAUCAACAUAUUUGAUAAGUCCCGAGAUCUGUAUAUUAGAAGUAAUUAGCUAGGUUACAAUAUUCCCCCAUUCUGCUCCGCAGAACCUCUCUGUUGCAAUGCCAUGAAGUGUCUUCUCUCCGAUAGUGUGUAACUUUUUGUCCGACAACACUGCCUUUUUUAAAGAUUGAUAAAUGCUGUGUUGUCAGCCAAAACAUUGCUCUUUUCCACACGUGGUACUUAGAUAAAGGGAGACUGAGGACAUGGUGGGUAUAUUUUUGUGUCCUUUGACCUGUACUGGUCUGUAGGUGGGCCUGACUUUCUUUGCACCCUCUGUGGUAAGUGCUGUCUGUAUUUUAUAUUUACCAUUCCUACAGUCAUGAAGGGGAAUGAGUGAGUUAAUGGGUCCUAACAUUUCACUAUUGGCAUUCCGGCUAUACCUUUUUAUUUUAGAGAUUUGAUUUAACUAUAUUUAUUGUCGGUGGUCCGUAUUCUGAAACGCAGACAUUCAUUUAACAUACUGUUGCUUUUUCAGUAAGCCUUAUGGCUAAUAAUACCUUUUAGAAUCCUUACAAAUACCUAUAAGCAAGGUAUUUGACGAUUUAUAUCUGUCUAUUUUUGUCACACCUACUGUGAGAACAAUUGUAUUUUUUGCUUUUAUACUACCCUUAUAGACACUGUGUGAAAUAUUCCAAGAUAAAAGUACACUGUAUUCGGUCUCUAAAGGUUUAAAUAUUUUUUUAAGGAUGAAGGAAUAAAUGAAAAAUAAAAAUGUUAGCAAAUUUAUGCAAUAAUAAUUUUUAAGCUUACCUGAAAAGUCGCCUGUACACUAAAUUGCGGUCUUAUUAUUUGUAUAUGUGCUAUCUACACAUCCUCUUGUUUCAAAUAAAUGCUAAUAUUUUUCAAAAAUAAUCUUAUUGGUGAAGGGGUCACUAUCAUUUAAAUAAAUUGACGUCCAUGAAAAUAGUGACGCAAGAUUGCUGCAUGAUACAGUUGCACUUUAUCAACGCUGGUGGUUUUUUGUUUCACACACAACUAGAAUUUCUAAAUCAGGACUUUGCUGUGAAAGACAAACUAAGAGUAGCAGUAUUUCAAUAAUACAGUCUGUUUAUUUGUAACUUUUAUAGUCUGUUCAGGCGGACGUGCGAGUAACACUUAAAUAGACAGCAACAGAGGCUGUAUUUAUCUGUAUGAUUGUAAUAUCUCCAUUUAUUUCCAUUUCCCACAUUCUUAUCUUAUCAAUCUCUAUUUCUUUUUUUUCUAUUCAGAUGACAGAGAAAAUUAAUGCCUUGCAAAAUCAAAUGCUGGCUGAGAAAGCUUGGCAACUUAGUGGUGAGGUGACGGCACAGAAAAGGCCUGAAAACAGUCUGCUGUCAGAGACCUUGCAAUUCGACCAUGCCAUCAGGAUGGGUAAUUCAUUUAAUUGUAUAAAUCCGCAGAGAAAUUCCACUGGCUUCCUGUUUCUUAUCUAACAGAAUUCUGAUCUGUUUUCUCACAGCACCUAUUAUCACAGAGGAGACCACAGUACAGCUAGAAGAUAUCAUUAAACAGAGGAUAAAAGACCAGGUUAGUACGUGCUUUCUGUACCUGGUGACUCUGUUUGGUUAUUCUUCCUGUUAUGCCGUGUCUUGUGCAUUCUAGUGUUGUCUUAAAGGGACAUUAUAGGCAUCCAGAUAACUUAAUAUCGUUGAAGUUGUCUGGGUGCAGUGUCCCUGUCCAACUUAGUCCUACAGUUAUAGAGAAUAUGCAUUGAUUACAUUGCAGGACUAAGACUGCCUCUAGUGGCUGUCAAUCAGACACUACAGGGUUUGUUUUGAUCCUAAUGGACGUUUCGUUGCCUAAGUGUAGCUGGACAUCCUCACGCUCUGCGUUUCUACGUCCAGAGUCAGAGAAUUUCCCAUAGGAAAGUAUUGAGUUGCACAUGAGCAAUAGGCUCCCCCAUGGGAGGAGGCAGAGCACAAUCCAGAAUCGGUUGAGUAAACAAAGGUUUUUUUUGGGGGUGGGGUGGGUGGGUCGGGUGGUGGGAGGAGAGGAAGGUUGAACCCUUCACAUGCCAGGAGGAGACUAGAUGCCACUAAAGUGUAAGAAAUACAACUUUGUAUUCCUUACACCAUAGAAUCUCUUCAAGCACAUGUUGAUUAUAUGACUUACUGUAUAUUAAUUCAACAUUCCCUUCACCCAAGAAAUAUGGGAUCCCAGGCUACCAUUACAUUUAAUAACUCAAUAACUUAUCUACCUACUCAUUUUACCCACCCCAUCUCUAACCCACGUUAACCUGUCUUUUAUCUCCAUUUUACCUUCCCACUCUCUCCCGAUUCUCAUUUAACAUGCCAACUCACCCAUUUAUUCUAUCCUGCCUUUUCCAAUAGCAUUUCUGUCUGUCCUAAUCUUACUUGCUGAAGUUUACCGGAUACUUUGUGUAUGUCCACAUUUUAACCCAUUCAUGGCUGAGCGUUUUCCUUAAUGAUGUUGUUUUAUGACAGAGGAAUUUUUGGGCAUUUUUGCUAUGUGUUUUUUUCACCCUACUUUAACACUUUUUUUUUUUACUUUUAGGUGUAUCCAUAUGCAAAAUAUACAGACGCAUAGGGCUUUCUACUGAUUCCCUAUGUGUAUACUGACAACUAUAUCAGUUAUGAAUAAACUAUUAAAGCAAUAUAAAGCUCUUAAGGAAAAUAACUUAAAGCAAAUGCACUUAUUAAUCCCUGUUGUGAAAAUACCUCACAUGUCUAGGAUUGAAUUUAUGGAAGCUAUAGGACAAAUAUGAUAUAUAGUGAAUUGCUGUUUGACAACUACUAGCCAAAUUAAGCAUGCUGACACUUUAACGUUAAUAGCAGUCAGAGUCCAAAAUCAUUUUACAAAAGUAUAUAUGUUGUAGAAUGUUUAGGUUUAAUUUCACUAUUAUACAAUAUUUGUAUUCUUUUACUGCUGUCCAGUACAGCAAUACUCUACAUGUAUAUCUUUGCUAGAUUUGGGGGUAGUUUAUAGGGUCACCUUUGAGACAUGCGUUAAUUCUGACAUGCCUCUUUACGUGCUUCCCAGAUAUGCUUUGUGCUACUGUCCAGAGUCACACUGACGCUAUUUAUAACCCUAAAGCUAACCCUUACUGUGUUAGCUUUGGAACCAAUCAUGGAUUUACUGCAGGACUCCCUUGUUGUGAGAUUGGCAAGUUUAUUCAACUACAGCAUCUAGGGAUCAGUUGACAAUCAUGCUGUAGGACACACCUGUCACAGCAGUCCUAGCUAUGAUGGCAUCUUGAGGAUGCUGCUCGACAACUUUAGGAGUGAGAUUGCCUAGUAACUGCAUGUAAACAUCACAAUCACAGAGAUUAUGGCAUGUACAACUUUUAAUAAAGGUCGUUCGGCCGUCUAAUAUAGAUAAUACAUGGCAGUUACAGGGGUGGCUGUCCCCGUUAUCGUCUGCUUUGUGGGUCCUCCUUAUAGCUAUUUCUGUAAUGCUUACUAGGAAGGCCUCCAGAAAUUGCUAUAUCGUUAUCACCAUGAUUGUAGCAAUAUUAGGAACAUUUUAAGCAUAGUCCGUAUGUGGUGCAGAGCUCAUCCUGAAGUACAAUGGGACAGCCCUCUACUACAUAUGUGUUAGUUAAAGUAGAAACAUAGAAUGUGACGGCAGAUAAGAACCAUUCGGCCCAUCUAGUCUGCCCCCUAAAUACUUUCAUUAGUCCCUGGCCUAAUAGUUAGGAUAGCCUUAUGCCUAUCCCAGGCAUGCUUAAACUCCUUUACUGUGUUAACUUCUACCACUUCAGCUGGAAGGCUAUUCCAUGCAUCCACUACCCUCUCAGUAAAGUAAUACUUCCUGAUAAUAUUUUUAAACCUUUGUCCCUCUAAUUUAAGACUAUGUCCUCUUGUUGUGGUAGUUCUUCUUUUAAAUAUAGUCUCCUCCUUUACUGUGUUGAUUCCCUUUAUAUAUUUAAAUGUUUCUAUCAUAUCCCCCCUGUCUCGUCUUUCCUCCAAGCUAAAUACAUUGUAGCUCUGUAUAACCUUAAAUGAAAUAUCUGAGCAGAGAAUGAGAGGCUUUGAUAUUGUGGUCAGACCAUAUUUGGCAGUGAACGAGGUUAUUACAUUAUUGUUCAGUUUAAAAAAAGGAAACUUUUUUUAAAAAUUUAUUUUUAAUUGCGGUUCUGUGACCCAUUCUCCGUUAUCUGUGGUGGGUUGGGGGUUUAUAUCAUGCCAAACCAGUAUUUAAUCGGAUAUUUAUUUAUCUGAAUUUUUGAUUUACUAAACUGUAUGUAUUUUUUUUUUUUUUUUUUAAAGUGAUUUUUAAAAUGUUCUUUCUUAUCUCUAAGAUAUGGGAUGAUGUUGUAAAGAAGGAAAAACCAAAAGAAAACCCAUUUGAAUUUAAGAAGCGACUUACUUUGGACCACGAUAAAAGCAAACUUAGUCUUGCAGAGAUAUACGAACAGGAGUAUUUAAAACUCAACCAGGUAAGAUGUUAAAUAACUUUUAGGAAUGGAUUACAAAUUGUUAUUCUUUGCCACCUGCUUUCCAGACACCUGGCAGUUCAUUUAAAAAAAUGUUUGACUGCUCACAAGCAGUCAAAAAAAAUGUGAUUUCACUACUAUAAUGGGUUAUGAAAAUAGGCAUUAAUACUCAUUAAAUCACUGUUUGGGAGGGAUAACGACUUUGGACCAAUUAUUGAUAGAAGGAUCAAUCAAAACCUUUGCUCAAAUAACAGGGAUAUAUAAUCUUCCUCCUAGAGAGGUGUUUAAUUUUUUAAGACUUAAAAGUUAUAUGAAUACACACCUUAUAAUACCAAAAUCUAAUCUGAGCAAUUUGAUAGAUUUAUUAUUCACGUAAAAAAAAAAUCAAUAAACCACUUUCUAAAGCUCUGAUAUUAAUUAAAUCAAUGGUUAAAGAUACAAAUCCUACUGCCAUACAGGUUUGGAAACAAGAUUUGAAUAAUUUGAAUCAAUGGGGUUUUUCAAUGAUGGAUGUUAAGAAAAAUAUACAUUCAUUAAAUUUAUUAGAAACGCACUUUAAAGUUUUAAAUAGGUGGUACUUAGUACCAGCUAAAUUGAAUAAAAUUUACCCUUUAAUUAAUCCUAUCUGUUGGAGAUGUAGUAGUAUUAGAGGCAAUUUUAGACAUAUUUGGUGGGAUUGUCAUAAACUAAAGAAUCUCUGGUUGAAAAUACAGCAUUUUAUAUCCAAUAAUUUAAAACUCGAGUUGAUAAUUUCUCCAGAGGUAGUUCUACUGCAUCUGAAUUGGCCUCAUAUGACAUAUGAAUUAAAAGCAAUUCUUAUACAUCUUUUUUUAGCGGCUAAAACAGUAAUUGCGAGAUGGUGGAAAAAGGAUUUAGAAGUCCCCUGGAAGAAAGUUAAAAUUCAACUCGAGUUUCAGAUUAGAAUGGAGUUGAUGCUAAGUAAACAAAGAUUAAGCAAUAAGAUUUCUGUUUGGUCAAAAUGUAUUGAGAUGAUUGAUGUAGAACAUAAUGUCGAUCAAUUAGAAGUAGAAUAAUUCCAUGAACAUUGUAAAUAAUUAUGAGACUUAUCUAAACGAUAUUAACACUCUACUAUGGAAACUUUUUUGAUGUAUUUUUCUCUUCCCUCCCCUAUUUUGCUGCUAUGUUGUUUUUGUAUUGUAAAUGUAUAUUUGUAUGAUAUAUGUACUUGUAUGAUAUAUGUAUUUAAUUAGGUUUAAAAAAAUAAAGAUUAAAUAUUCAAAAAAAAUAAAUCACUGUUUGGGAAAGGGUGUAACAAAUUUUGUUUUAUUGUUGUAGAAAAAGACAGAAGAAGAAGAAAAUCCAAAACAUGUAGAAAUCCAGAAAAUUAUGGACAGUCUCUUCCUAAAGCUCGACUCUCUCUCCAAUUUUCAUUUCACUCCUAAACCGGUAACAUAUUCAUUAUUAUUUUUAUUUUAUUUUUUCUGUAUGUAGCAAAGUUGUGAAAUAAACACAAACAGAAAAGAAGCACAUAGGCACUUACAACUUCUAAUGAAGGACAUCUGAUGCAUUCAAAAUACUUUAUUAAAGUAACCAUUCCAUUGAUUGGAUCAUUUUCACAGACUGUAAAUCAGUGCUAAAACAUUCAUAGUAAAUUGGUGCUGCUGUAUCAGUAUAUGUGUCUGACCCUCUCUCUUACUUAAUAAACAUGUACACACGGGUAACAUAUUUCAAAGCUUUACCAGGCAGGAAAGUAACCAAUUUACCCAAUGUGAUGUAUAUGUUAAACUAGAAUCUCUACUCAUUUGUUUUAUUAUGGCUGCGUAUUCAAAUAUGAUAGAUUCACCUUUUAUGCUGCAGCCACAUCUCCUGCUAUCUUUAAUCUAGCUCUUUUUAACCUUACUGAUGUUCCGCUCGGCUUCUGGGUAGAGUGAGACACCAUGUCUCUCUUUACAGGACUUUGCCAGCAAUAAGUGUAAGGAAGGGGAGUAAUGUAUCAACUGCUUUCAUGUACUUUCCAUUAUGUGUUUGAUAGAGAGCCUUUCUGUUUCUGUACACCUUCCAUGGACAAACUUUACACUUCUAGAACGUUUAACAGAUUGUUUUGGCAAAAGAAGGUAUUUGGUUAAAAAAAAAAUAUAUAUUAUUGAGUUGACAGUAGAGUGCCGCAGAAAAUUUAUUUGGGAGGAUAGUGACGUGCUUUGCAAAAGCUUGCAAUUGAUUAAAUCAUUUUUAGGAGUUUUGUUUAUUUUUAUUUUUUUUAUUUCCUUAGGCUAUUCCAGAAAUUAAGGUGGUCUCUAAUGUUCCUGCAAUCAGCAUGGAAGAAGUGGCACCAGUGGCUGCCAGCGAAGCAGCGCUUGUUGCCCCAGAGGAAGUCAAGGUAAGAACAAUUCACAGUAGGGAGGAGGGCAUUACCAGUCGGAUUUGGCAACUUCCCUGGGGUCUGCCAGAAGCCUGCUGCUGUGUCCUCUUCUGUCGCUGAACGUUUUUGCGAGGGACUUCCAUUGGCUCCACUGAGCAAAUCCCUGGACUGCAGAGAUGGGUCAUUGGCUAAGAGUGUCAACUAAAAGCUCUCGGACAGCGUGGCCCUGCUCUCGGGGGCUUGGCACAAUGGCAGAUCUCCCAGAAGAGGCAAGUUGUCAAACCAUUCUUAAACAGUCUGACUACUCACUCUACUGGAUGCUAGGGUAUUCUAGCAUACUGCAGUGGUUAUGGUUCGUGGAGUGUUCCCUUCAUGUUUGUAUUUCAAAUAAAACUGCACCAAUUUGUUUUGACAAUGUAUUGUAAUUGUUUUGCUCUCUUUAAACAGGAGAAGAACAAAGCAGGAGACAUAAAAACUAGAGCAGAGAAAACCUCCACUGACAAAAACAGAGACAGGAGAAAAAAGAAACUCACUAAAAGGCUGAAAAUAAAAGAGAAGGAAAAACGGCUUCAGUUGGUGGAGAAGACCAGGGCAGAGAGUGGAAAGAAACCUACCAAACAAGCUGCUGAAGCCAACCUGAAGAAGCUGGCCAAGGAGGGAAAAGCCACUAUACUAAAGGUUAGUAUACAAACACUGUAGCAAGAUCAUUCAGUGUUAUUGGGGUUUAAAAGCCGUAGCAGUAAACUUGUCUUAGAAAUCCUUGGGAACUCUGCUAUUUUCUUUAAUUAUUUUCGUCCUCAAUGUUUAAAAAAAAUAAAAAAUAAUAAUAUUUCUGAACAUGUUCCUCUUAUUAAAAAAAAAAAAAAAAAUCAAAUCAAAAUCUCAUUAUCUGUGCGGGGCUUUUUAUUAACAAAAUAAUUCUAAUAUCUAUUGUCGUACUAACACUGAGUACAGGAAGUGCUUAUGUUUUGACAAUGUAUGUAUCGUAGUGUUGUGUACGUUGAAGUCAUUUUGACAUGGAACAUUGAGUUACAUAGAUAAGUAACUGUUAAAAGCAUUACACUUUUGCAUUGAAGUUGAUUUUUAUUUUUUAAUUUUCCAUAUUUUAACCCCUUAAGGACACGACAUGUGACAUGUCAUGAUUCCCUUUUAUUCCAGAAGUUCUGUCCUUAAGGGGUUAACAUAUGGGCUUGUCUGGAUGGUUGCAAAAUUAAAGUUCGUUAAUCAUUUUACGAUACCCUGUGUUUCUGAAACAUCUUUCUGUGUAACCUGAGUGAGGGCUUACCUCUGCCCCCAAUUAUACUGCAUAUAUUAAUGGCUGAAAAAAGUAGCCCAAUUAGCAUUCUGUUAUGACAAGGAAGAGUCACCCCCAAGGUAAAUUAACCUUUGCAUUUCACUAAAGUAAAACGGACACACUGUAGAAUAAAACCAUAGUUACAGGGGGAAACACAAUCUGUUAUUGGAUAUAUGAGGUACUGUCAGCAGUUGAUAAAUUAUGUGUUCUUUGUUACAGGAUGAAGGAAAGGAUAAGGCUUUAAAGUCCUCUCAAGCAUUCUUUUCCCAGCUGCAGGAUCAAGUUAGAGUGCAAAUUAAAGGCGCAAAGGUAGCACAGAAGAAAACAAAGAAAGGAAACGAACUUUCUGCACACAAACUCAAAUUGUAGCACAAUGUUUAUGUUGUGCGACGACCUAAUUGCAUUUAUACAGAUUCAAUAGGCGGAUGUGUAAAAAGAAUUAUCGCUUGUUAUACAUGGAGGGUUUUUGUAUAAUAAAGUAUUUUAAAUAAUCUA